CGGAGUAAUAUAGGCUCUGUGAUCACAAAUUCAUGCACAUUAAGCCUAAAAACUUGUAUUCAUAGUGGAAGUUGACGGAUUAGUAUGUUACUAGGUGAAUUCUUUGGUAUAGUCACAUUCGUUGAAUGAUACUAUGCCCAUCCUCGGGGCUCUUCGAAGCCACAUUGUUGCGGUACCCGUAAAGGAGAAGGUUCAGGAGAAAAUCAACAACUUUAAGGGAAUCUUGAAGAACACCGGUUUACUGAAAUCGAAUGAGGCAACCUAUGGCCAGAUGUCGGGAGACCUCGAACAGACGACGUAUGACGCUGAUGGAGCAGUUCGGGCGAAGGAGCAGCAGACUUACCACGACGGCACUUGCAGAGGUCGCUGUAUGUACUACGCCUGUUGCCAAUGUUCCAAACGAUAUUACAUCGCCUGGUUGUCUAGUUUCGGGUUCAUGAUUACCUUUGGCAUUCGAUGUAACAUGAGCUGGGCAAUGUUAAGCAUGAUAGCUCGACACAAUCAAUCUAUGCAUUCCAAUGUGAUCACGCACCCACAAGGGUUGGCUGCCCAACUGAGCCAUCAACCAUUAACUGCUGGUCAUGUGGUGGAUUUGGCCGGGAUCAUCAACGUGACAACGAAACCAGACUUUUACUGGAGCGCGGGUGAACGUGGUUUAGUGGACAGUUCAUUCUUCUACGGAUAUUUGGUGACUCAGAUUCCCGGUGGAGUUAUCGCCUCCAAAUUUCCAGCUAACAAACUGUUCGGCAUUGCUGUUGGAGGCAGUGCACUGCUCAAUCUUCUCCUUCCAUCAGCCUGCAAAGCACACUUCGGAUUAGUCAUGGCCAUUCGUGUGAUGCAGGGUUUGGUUGAGGGAACCUCGUACCCAGCUUGUCACGGAAUAUGGCGUUUCUGGGCUCCUCCGCUAGAACGCUCUCGUUUGGCUACCAUAGCUUUUUGUGGGUCAUACGCUGGAGCGGUGUUCGGACUUUCACUGUCUGGCUUAUUGGCAGAAAAGCUGGGUUGGCAGUCUCCAUUCUACUUCUACGGUAAUGUCAUGCAUUUGUGA